AUGUGUAUGGAUAUGAAGAGGCGACGUUGUGCAGGCGGGAAAUUUGUGGAAAUUAAAAAUAAAAGUGGUUUUACUUUUUACACUUUAUUUUCUACUUUUUACCUUUUUUUUCUUCUUGGUGUUGUCUUUUAUAUAUAUAUAUAUUUUUCUUUUCCUUCAACGAGGACUGGGAGAGGUAUGAGCGGCACGUCCGAUGAGGAGGAAGAUGCCGAAAGGUCACCGCCAAUUCGACCGAUCACCAUGACGCCGCUCCAUUCGGACUUAUGGCCCACGGUGCCACGGAGCGCGAGGAGAACUCUAUUCGGCGAUACCGAAAGCAGCAGCAGCAGCAGCAGUGGUGGUGGUGGUGGUGGUGUUACGCGUCCCAUCAUGGCCGUGGUGGAUACAGACAACAGCACCGUUGAUUUGUCUGAGCCAUCGCCCCCUCACGUGGAGGCGGAAGGAGCGGAAGAAGAGGCGGAGGUGGAGACGCACAGACGCGUUCCAUGGGGAGCCUCUGACGACGGAAAAAGAGUGCCGUCGACCGCUGCCACAAUGUCGCAGUGGGAACAGCGGUACAAGACUCUGCUUCCGUUAAACUGGGGAAGGCAGUUGGAGGUUAUUGUCAUGUUGGCCAGAGACACCGUUGACGGCUGCCUUGUCACCACACGGCGCUACCGAUAUUGCUGCGAGACCGAUGCGUCACCGGCGGAAUUUCUGGAAAGCGGGGAUAAGUCGUGUAUUCCCUUUACAGCGGCAUGGAAACGACGCAUUUAUGGCCUGCUGAGUCUCCGUCAUGCAAAUGUGAGCCCGGUAACAGACGUGCUUAUCGACGAGGAACGGCAGGAGUUGUUGCUCGUGCACCCAUAUGUGGACGGCAUGCAGCCACUAGUCUCUGCCCUUCAACGCCAUCCUCACAUGAUACAUCGUGAACUGACCCCGUCCAUGCUCAUGCGCAUUUUGCAGGAGGUAGUUGACGGUUUGCUCUUUUUGCACCAACACGGUGUUGUGCAUGGCGCAUUAUCACCAUGGACUGUUCUCCUUGACGCAGAAGGCCAUGCGUCGGUGACGGGGUUUGCGGUUUCAGAGGUGCGGCCAUGCCCACGCGGCGUUGUUCCCGCUGGAGGCGCAACGCACCCAUUUUACAUAGCGCCGGAAGCCAAACAUCCGUCGUUUCGCUGGCGCCAUGUCACAGUGGCCGGUGACGCCUUUGCCGUUGGUGCCCUCACAUUUGCAAUGACGUGGGAGAGGCAAGACGCGGUGUACGUUGCCCUUCGACACUCUAUGGUGGGGGUGAUGCACGGCGAUCCCAAACAACGGAUGAGCCUCCAUGAACUCGCGCUGCUGGUUUCAGAGCUCGCGUCACAGAACACACUGAACGAGACGGCCUCCCGGGAGUUGGGAGGGCGGCGGUUGUCAGCAUCCACCGCCGGGGACCCGGCAUUGUUGCCAAGAGGGAACGAGCAUCGAAGUCCAUCGUUACCCUCUGCAGCUUCCGUGGUGGGAAUUUUGCAACGAGACCCCUCUCCCGUGCUCUACCGCGUGACGGGGCUUGAGAAAUGGAAAAGAACAACAAACACAACAGCCGCCACAGAGAGGCGGAUUACACAGAGAAAACGAAGUCAUCAUAGCCCGGCCCGUCAGGUUUUACACCGAUGGCGCGUUGUUUCUACAGCCGUGCUUUUCUGCGUUAUCGUUGUUCGCAUGAGCAGAGAACGUCGGCAGGCCCUGGCGGCACGGUUGUUCGCACCUGCACGAAAGUUACAGCUGAAAAAAUUGCGGUUCACUCAUUCCAAUGCAUCCCCUUUUGCGUCGGUGCUGUCGACACCGCGCCCACGGAAACCCACGACAGUUGAGAAGCGUCGAUCCGCCCGAGGCGGCAGUAAGGACAAGUGA